UAGGUAGAGAUGCGAGCGAGUAUUUCUUUAUAUGAGUCUGGUAAGCUGUACAAUGAAUAUUUUCAAUUCGAUGUAAGUCCUGUCUACUCGCAAUCGCUCAUAUAUUCCACUUACCGACUUCUGCGGACCUGUCGCGACUUGGAAAACCUUAUGGGAGAAAAAAAAUGAAGCGUUUAAGGACAUCCUGGAGUAUGCGGCGGGAACAAGAGCGAUUUUCCUCGAAUAAGCGACAUUGGAUCGAAGAGAGGGGCAUGCCAACGCCUCCUUGUUUGGUUCUAGCCCGACGCUCUCCCUCCGUAAUGUCUCUAAAUAUCACUGGUUCCGGAGAACAUCGAAUUUGCUCAUUACCGACUAAAGCUACAGGAGAGGCGCCCAUUACUACUACUGCGGGGCCACAUUCUAGGACUAAGUACAGCAUUAAUGUUCAUCGGAGCUAUGUCCGUCCAAACGCCACUCGAUCAUCGACUCAUCCACGAUCAUGUUCGGAGAUGGUUAGUAAGUCCUAAACUUUUUCCCCACUCUCUCCCCCCGUUGAGGAGUCGUGAAUUGGAGAACUCCGCU